AUGGCCCCCUCAGCUCUCACUCCGGUCCCUAGCACCUACGGUCCGUUGGUGCGUCGAACAGACACCAAGUCAUAUGAAACCCCCAAGCUAUCAAUCGUUGAGAUGUGGUCUGUUUUGUUGUCCCGCCUCAAACAGGGGACAUAUGUGAUCAAGGAACGAGCUGAAAGACGUGCUCAGAUCGAGAAAGAGAUCUCUGCACGUUCUGAUGACUGGUGCAACAGCAUCUUUCAGGAGCAGUUCAACCGUCUAGAGCAUCUAACCGCUGAGCUAGAGAUACAGCUGGCUGUUACUCAGAACCUCAGCCAAGGCGAUGGGCAGGCCCCCUCUUCAGCUUUGUCAUGCUUUGCUCUUGCUCCCUGGCAGAUGGAGGAGCGCUUCCGCGCCCUUGUUCAGCUACAGUCCUUUGUUGGGUCGUUCUUUGAGCGGGCUAGUCCAGGCUACGACCAGUCUCGAACGCUAUGGUGGUUUGACCCAGCGUACCACCGUGCUAACGGCCUCAAUUACGACCGCUAUGGUGCAUCUGACGUGCACACUGUCGAAGACACCCUGCUCAAGGCCCUGGGCAUGGGUGACUCCAAGUGGCCACUCAAACUACUUUUGACGUCCAGCGGCGUCGCAGCAUUCACGGUCCUCAACCAGUUCGUCAUGAGCAAGGUUCUCGUCGCAGGUGACACAAUAGUUCUGUCUCCAUACUUGUACUUUGAGUCAUUUGAUCAUCUCCGACCAGUCUCACAUGUCAAGGUCGUCAACUCGGAAACUUUUGAUGCCGAAGAUAUCAUUGCAACGACAGAGAGACACAAUGCCAAGGUUGUCUAUCUCGACCCGAUGGCCAACACUCUCGGACUAGAGACCACAGACCUUCGACGCUUUGCUCAGCUCCUGAAAGGGAGACCUGGCUGGUCUGACCGGUAUCUCAUCAUGGACGGAACACUCCUCUCAGGUGGAUUGCCACUAUAUGAUUGGUUCAAUGAUGACAGCCACCCCAAGAUUCUCUACUAUGAGAGUGCCCAUAAGUACAUUCAGAUGGGCAUGGACAUUGUCAUGUGUGGCUUGCUUGUCUAUCCUGAGGCUUUCCAUGAAAGCAUUGGCCUUAUCCGCCAGAUCACUGGAACGACGUUGUAUUCGCGUCAAGCGAAUGUGUUGCCCGCUAUUGACGCCAAGGUUCAUCAAUCACGAAUGUACUGGCUGACGUCGAAUGCGGAAAGAUUAUAUCACAUCUUGGACAAGCAAUGCGCUUCCAUUGCUGGGUUCAACUACCCACUUCAUUGGCGAAAGAUGGGUUGGGGUCACGGUGGCAACGUUGUCACCAUCAAGCUCUUUGGAGAUGACCAAAUGAACAAACGGCCCAGUUUGGAUAGAUUUACUGAGUUAGUUCUCAGGGCAGGAGAGGAGGAGGAUGUUGGAAUGACUAAAGGUGGUGGGCUGGGAUUUUCCGCCACUCGUAUAUGGCCAUCUUGCCCUUUUAUCCGGGAUGAGGAUCCGUACAUUAGAAUCUCGGUCGGGCUCGAUCCCAACGACGUGGAGCCGGUGGCAAGAGCAAUCUGCAAGGCGCUAGAUAGGCACUACCGGGCUUCGAAAUCGCCCAUGGCGCAGUGGAGGUUGAAAGAAAAUCGUACGUUGAACGGCAAUGGAAAUGUUGUAACUCCCAUCGGGAACGGGAUGGUUGUUGGUGGAAAUGGGUUGGCCAGUAACGGCAACGGAUUGGUCAAAAGCAGUGCACAUUUCGGACAAUUGCUCAAAUAA